CCAAGGGCACCGUACUACUAUGGUAUGUAGGGAGGGGGCCUGGAUUCUACUUAGGUACAUUCAUGUACUGCAACCCUUCCUAUUAAGCGACCGUCCACCAUGUCGUGCCAUUCGCUCGAUUCGUUCGAGACCUGUAUCCAAGACCCAGAGCAAGAUGAACGUGGCACGCCAGGGGAAUUACCAACGUACGAUGAUGUCGUAGCUCAGAGUCCGAAUUCUCGGUUUGGACGAUGGAGGGGUUGGAUUGAGAAAAGGGCAGCAGAGCGCUAUGCAGAUGUCAGCGUAGAAGAACAUGAGCGCAGGCGGAGCAGAGGAUGGGGGGACGGCUUGGAACAACAACCUGAGCAGCUCCAUACUCCAGUGGAAGAGCCUUCUGCCAGUCAAUCCCGGAGUCAACUCCAUCCCUUGCAGCCGCCCUUGCGGAUACGAGUGGACGAUGAUGUAUUCUCAGCAUCGCCUUCCAUAGCCCAUGAUAAGGAAACAUCGGCUAGCAUCCAGGAGUCUCUGGCCUACACGCCCACUGCAGCUAGUUUUGUCACACAUUCUCAAUGCCAGACUACAGCCAGGGAGACGUUGCUCCCCACUCAUUUACAGGUGCACCAGUUCGGAUCUCGAUUUCUACCACACACGACCUCGCCCAUACACUGCGUCCUUCCCCUCCAGCGGGACCGUUUGUUACUUAUCGGGACGGACAAGGGUCUCUCUGUCAUGGACAUGUACCCCGUCGAAUGGGGGAAUGGGAUUGAUAGUAACAUUGGAAUCGUGCAGAAGGGACCAAACGAGGCACAGGCACGUGCACUCUGGACAGGGGAGGCGGUGUACCAGCUCUCCAUUCUAGAGUACGAAGAUAUCGGAGAGGGCACGCCUCAAGGGGUGGUGCUGGCGCUCGUUGGACCGGACCCUGAUGCUCCUUCUGCAUCCAAUGGUCAUCAAGAAUCCUUGCGCAGUUUGAGAAUGUAUAACCUAGCCAGCCUGAUGUCACUAGCAAGAUGGAUAAUUACUCAACAAACUCCGAACGCUGUCGAUCUACGUCGUGCUUCUGACUGGAACGUCCAACAAACGCCUGUAAAAAAGCACCGCUCUGCGAGCAGCAUCACCAGGGGUUUGAAAAACCUAAUCAUUGAAUCUCCGCCCCGUACACAGCAAGUAGUCGCUACUACCACGUCGUACGAAUCGUAUCUUUCGGCCCAGAGUCCGAAACGGCAGAGCAGCACCGCUACUCCAGCGGAUUCUUCUUGGGACGUUGUCGAAGACCUGCCGUUGCGUUGGGCAACUGAUUUUGUUCCGCUUGCCUCACCCACGUCGCGUUUGGCAAGCAUGAGUGCAAUUGCAUACGCUCUUUGGCAAGAAGGCGGACCGGGCCCAGGCGGUGGACGGCAUGGGCGUCGAACCUUACUUGCAGUUGCAACAAAAUACAAUAUAUUUCUGUAUGAAACCCCCAAGGGAGAGCGAGCAUUUCAUUUCGUCAAGGACAUAUCCAGAUCACAAUCAGAUACAAGCUCCCUGCGGAUUGGCGGAUCGGGCAGUGGACAUGCACGUGUACCCUCAUCAUCGGAAGGACCAUUCUCCUUACACAACCAUCGUCAAUCCAUGGUUACGCCCGCCACCUUCACGUACAGUGCACACAUGGCAAUAUUUGUUAUCUUCGAUAAGAAGGCCAGUAUCAUCCGCAUUGCAGACGCUGCAGUAACGGAGGUGGAAAUGUUUGAUGGUAGCUGCAACAACCCUGCUGGCGGGAAAGACCAGCUCAGCAUCGGAAGUUCUAUUGCUACACGCCGUUCCCGGGCUUCCAUUGACUUCAUGGCUCUCAGGGAAGGGAAGGGGACAUGGAUCUUGCCUAGUUUAAUUGACAUACCGCCAGCCCAUGCCCCAAGUGGGGCCCCACACAGCAUAUACAUCCUCUCACGCGGCAAGCAGACGCACGUUAUCUCUGGCCCACUUCCCAAGACAAUUCAGACGACGCCUCCGUUGUGCUCGAUAACCUGGAAUUCGCCUCCUUCCAGUAUUACUUGUCGCCUGUGCCUGCCGUCUCCGCGCAGGUCCAUCAAAUCGGCAGAGACUCCGUCUUUCCUACAACUCUUGGGAUUGGGCGAGCAUGGCAUUGAAGUGCAUGAGAUACCCCUUGCCGCUUUGUCCAAUCGUAAGGGGAAGGACAAGGAGGGGACUUCUAUCGAGGCAACCCACGUUCAGUCGUUUAUCGGCGAGACCAGCUUUCUGGCUACAGGGGGACAUUGGCACCAAUCCGACUCCGUAGUAGCGCCGCACCUCGAGCGGACUGACUCAGCAACAUCCACGAGCUCCUAUGGGAGCAUGGAAAGCGAAGAGAUACUAUUGCGAUUGAGAGGUGCAGCGGGCUUGUAUUGUUCGCUGCGUAAGGACGUGGAAGACUGGAGGGUGUUCUGGGUCGGUGGAGAUGCCGAGAACGUGGGUGAGCAUGACGAGAACGAAGACGAGGAUGGUGUGCUUGUAUGAUGUAGUCUUCGGGCA